AUGCAUUCAUUUACAUUCAAUUUGUUGUUUGUCAUAAAACUCGGGCAAAUCUGUACAUCUAUCUAUCUAUCUAUCUAUCUAUCUAUCUAUCUAUCUAUCUAUCUAUCUAUCUAUCUAUCAGGAGGCACGGUGGAUGAGGAUCGAAAUCACGCACUACAUUACCAUCUUGACAUAAAACCCUUUUGUUUGAUAUUAAUUUUUUUUCAUCAUUUUUGCUUUCUUCAUUAUUUUUUUUCUUUCUCGCUUUUCUUUAUUUUACCUUUUCUCUUCUCUCUCUUUUUCUUUUGCGUUUUCUUCUCUUUUCUUUUUUCUUUCAACUUUCUUUUACGUUUUCUCUUUUUCUUUUCUUUUCCUUUUCUCUUUAUUUCUCUUCUUUCUUUAGCUUUUCUUCUUUCGCUACUUUUUCUCAGUAAUUUCUUCUUUUUUUUCCCAGUAUUUAUUAUUUUUUUGCAUUCUAUUUAA